CAUCCCAACAUUGUUCCCUUUCUCGACGUCUCCUCUGGAAUCCAGGCGUGCAUCGUCUCACAGUGGAUGGAAAAUGGUGAUGUCAUGUCUUAUCUUGAGCGGUUCCCGGAUUCCAGUCGUCGAGAACUGAUCCUGGACAUUGCUCAUGGGCUGGAGUACAUGCGUGCGAACGGUCUCAUACACGGUGACAUGAAAAGUCGCAACGUUCUCGUGGACGCAAAAGGUCGUGCUCUGCUGAGCGACUUUGGUCUCGCUGCUACCAUCCUGGGCACGAGCUCGCUCGUGUCAUCCACAGGAGAGUCUGCGAACUGGGGUACGUGGCGCUACAUGGCUCCGGAGUUAUUGGAUCCCAAGGUGGAGAUCAAGGUUCUGACCAUGAAGGCCGAUACUUACGGGUCUGGGAUGACCGCAUGGGAGGUAUGGAGUCCAAUUCGGACUGAGCCCUGA